GGAGCGAGUCAACAUGCUGGCGGUGUGACUUGUGAUCUGCGGGAAGACGCACACGCACACGCACACGCACACGAACACCCACAGGCUGCAGGAUGGAGCGAGGUGACCGCGAGAGCACCUGGAACUUUCUGUCCCGAAACAAAGCGUCGAGCGGCAAAGACGACAAGCCGCGCAGCAGCUGGAUGUUCCGCAGGAUCGCGCGGAAGGAACCCGCCGUCUUGGACCGGGUCAUCUCCAUCUCGCAGCCCGACCUCGUCUACUCCUCACGCCGCGACGAGGAGCCCCAAGAGCGCCCCAAGAGCGGCGGCGCCGACAAGUCUGCCGUGGCCCACUUGGUCCUGUCCCAUCACAAGAGCUCCUCUCUCGGUUCUGCUGGCCUUGAGGGACUGAAGGGAUCACCGGGAGGAGGAGAGGAGGCGACGACAACAACUGGAGAACAGCUGGAUGGAGCUGCGGGUCUGGGCGCCGCUCUGGCCUCCUCGGGGGUCCCGCCCGAGCGGGCCGGACUCUACAAGCUGGAGGUGGAUCUGCGACGAGGACACAACCUGGCGGUCCGCGACAGGAGAGGCAGCAGCGACCCGUACGUCAAGUUGAAGAUGGCGGGCAAGGAGGUGUUCCGCAGCAAGACCGUCCACAAGAACCUGAACCCGGUGUGGGAGGAGAAGACCACGGUGCUGGUGGACGACCUGAGUGAGCCCCUCUACGUCAAGGUCUUCGACUAUGACUUUGGACUGCAGGACGACUUCAUGGGUUCGGCUCAAGUCCAACUGGACUCUCUGGAGCUGCAGAGGACCAUACCUCUGACGGUGGUCCUGAAGGAUCCGCUGCACCCGGACGAGUACCUGGGCACGCUGGAGCUGGCCGUCAUGCUGACACCUAAAGACAGUCCAGUGGAGGAGCGGCGAGACUCCAUGUGUGACACCGGUCGUUUCAGACCUUUUGUUUACAAAACCAUGCUGCUCAGGAGGUCCUGGAAGAGAUCCACCAAGCACCAGCAGUCGUUGCGUCUCUCUGAGCUCCACCGGAAGUCUCAGCUGUGGCGAGGUAUCGUCAGCAUUGCUCUCAUCGAGGGGCGGGACCUGGUGCCCAUGGACCCAAACGGACUGAGCGACCCGUUCGUGAAGUUCCGCCUGGGGCAGCAGAAGUACCGCAGCAAGACGGUGCCGAAGACGCUGAGUCCACAGUGGCGGGAGCAGUUUGAUCUCCAUGUGUUCGAGGAGACCGGCGGCGUGCUGGAGGUCAGCGUGUGGGACUAUGACACCGCACGCAGGGACGACUUCAUCGGGCGAUGCCAGCUGGACCUGUCCUCGCUGGACAAAGAACAAACUCACCUCCUGGAUCUGCCCCUGGAGGAGACCCGGGGCCACCUGGUGCUGCUGGUCACGCUGACCGCCUCCACGCACAUCUCCAUCGCCGACCUGUCCAUCACGCCACUGGACGACCCGCAGGAGCGCGCCGAGAUCCUCCGGCGAUACGGGGCGCUGAAGUCCUUCUCCAACAUGAAGGACGUGGGCAUCGUGCAGGUCAAGGUGCUGCGAGCGGAAGACCUCAUGGCCGCAGACAUGACCGGGAAGAGCGACCCCUUCUGUGUCCUGGAACUGAACAACGACCGGCUGCAGACACACACCGUCUACAAGAACCUCAACCCAGAGUGGAACAAAGUCUUCACCUUUAACGUGAAGGACAUUCACUCUGUGCUGGAAGUCACAGUGUUGGAUGAGGACAGAGACCGGAGUGCAGACUUCCUGGGGAAAGUGGCCAUACCUUUGUUACACGUCAACAACGGCCAGCAGAAGCCGUACGCCUUGAAGGACAAAGAGCUGAAGGUUCCCACAAAAGGACUGGUCUUCCUGGAAAUCGACAUCGUCUACAACACGGUCAAGGCGGCGUUGAGGACGGUGACCCCCGCCGAGCAGAAGUUCAUCAAAGAAGAGCCCAAAGUCUCCGUAAAUAUGCUGCGUCAGAACUUCAUGCGUGUAAGGAGGAGCAUCAUGGUGGUCCUCAGCUGGGGGGCUUACGUCAAUAGCUGCUUUGAGUGGGAGUCAUCGCAGAGGAGCGUCAUCUCCUUCCUGCUUUUCGUGGUGGGGGUGUGGCACUUUGAGCUCUUCAUGCUGCCACUGGCGUUGCUGCUGCUGCUGGUCUGGAGCUUCUUCUCCUCGGGGAGCCGAGACGCCGCCACGGACACGUCCGUGGACGCCAUGUCGGAGUGGGACGACGACGACGACGUCGACGACAAGGAUGCUGAGCCACGAGGCUUCAUGGACAAACUGUACGCCGUCCAGGACAUCUUGAUCAGCGUACAGAACAUGCUGGACCAGGCGGCGUCCUUCGCUGAGAGGCUCAAGAACGUGCUAAACUGGACCGUGCCUUUCCUGAGCUGCUUGGCCAUCGCCGCCCUGUGUUUGGCGACGCUGUUGCUUUACCUCGUCCCGCUGCGCUACGUCGUGCUAGCAUGGGGGGUGAACAAGUUCACCAAGAAGCUGCGCGACCCGUACAUGAUCAACAACAACGAGCUGCUGGACUUCCUGUCCCGCGUGCCGUCCGACGUCCAGGUGAUGCAGUAUCGCCAGCUGAAGGUGGACUCAAGUCAAAGUCCGAACAAGCGCAGGAGGACCAACCCAAGCUAGCUAACGCAAAGCUAGAAAAACAACGAGAGUUUAUUCAUAUCAGGGAUCUUCAACGUUUUCCAGGCCAAGGACCCUGAAAUCACUCCACUUAUACAUCUUGUAUAACAUUGUGAUUUCAAUCAAAGACGUCCAAAAGUUACCUUGUUAUUGUGCAAUGCUAACAGUACAGCGCCCCUAAUUGCUAGCAAGCAUGCUAAUUACAGCGCUAAUUGUUAGCUAUCUUAAUUGCGGACUUGAAUAUAAUAAUGUAAUUAUUUAUUCCCGUUUUUGCUUCAAACCUGCAAGGUGGUCCUCUUACUGCCAGUUUUAAUCUACACCAAAGUGUGUAGGAUCAGUGUUAAAGUAUGUUUAAAGACAGGAAAAAUAUGACGAAACUAUCCAUCCAUCCAUUUUCUUCCGCUUAUCCGAGGUCGGGUCGCGGGGGCAGCAGCCUGAGCAGAGAAGCCCAGACUUCCCUUUCCCCAGCCACUUCGUCCAGCUCCUCCCGGGGGAUCCUGAGGCGUUCCCAGGCCAGCCGGGAGACAUAGUCUUCCCAACAUGUCUAGAUGAGGCAAUUCCUGAAGGAAUUGCGUGUGAAUGCUCCAAUGUUGAAGUUGAACUGAAAUCCUGGAAUUUUUUUAUAAAUGUUGAAGUACAGCACACAAUUCCCAGGCUGAAUAUUUGGAAGUUGGAACAGUUUGAAUCAGAUGAAAAAUGUGGGAGUUGUGGAACUUUGAAGAAUGUCCCGAAAUUCCCCAAAAUUUGGGAAUUUCGGGAAAAGCUGGAAUUUAUUUGAAAAUGGUAAAAAAAAACUUGAAUGGUCUAAAUGAGUUGGAAUGGUUGGUGUUGGAAUUUUUCAAAUCUUACAUUUCAGGAAAAAUAUAAUGUAUCGAGAUGAGGCAAUUCCUGAAGGAAUUGCGUGUGAAUGCUCCAAUGUUGAAGUUGAACUGAAAUCCUGGAAUUUUUUUUUACAAUUGUUGAAGUAGAGCACACAAUUCCCCAAAUAGGCUGAAUAUUUGGAAGUUGGAACAGAUUGACGCAGAUGAAAAAUGUGGGCGUUGUGGAACUUUGAAGAAUGUCCCAUUUCCAAAAAAUUCGGGCAUUUCGAGAAAAGCGGGAAUUUAUUUGAAAAUGGCAAAAACUUGAAUGGUCUGAAUGAGUUGAAAUGGUUGGUGUUGGGAUUUUUCAAAUCGGUCGAGAAAUGUUGAAGUAGUAACAUUUUUAACUGAGAAUUGGUAUCAUGGAAUUCCUGGAAUUUUGGGAAAACUGGGAAUUUUUCCAGUUCAAAAAACAACUUUGUUUUUUUGCCCUGAUCAAGAGGAAUGUUUUGACGGUGGAACGGUUGAAGAGCGUUGAAAAAUGUGGAAGGAGUAGUCGCCAGAAAAAAGGGUGGAAAUAGGGUUUUGGAAAACCAGGAAUUCUGGAAAAUCCUGGAUUUAUUUUGAACCUGUAAAAAAAGUACUUUAUAAAUUUCCAGGAUGGUGGAAUGUGUUUAAAGUGGAAUGGGUUGAAAAAUGUGGAAAUGGUGGAAGUUUGAAAAAUGUCCAGGAAAACCUGGAAUUCUGGGAAAUCUGGGAAUUUUUGGAAUUUGUCAAGGGAAAGCCUGAAAUUCCCGACUAGGCUGAACAGUUUGAAGUUGGAACAGUUUGAAUUGGAUGAAAAAUGUGGAAGGUAGAGCGCGCCAAAAUCUGGAGAAUAAUAAUAAUAAUAAUAAAUAGAUGAAUUUUCCUGUAGAAAAGCAAAUAUGUGAAUGUUUUGGAGUAUUCACACAACAACAUAUUUUAAACGGAUCCCCUUUAAAGACCUCUGGAUGACAUCAUCGAUGUAGUUUCAUUCUGGAUGACAUCAUCGAUGUAGUUCCAUUCUGGAUGACAUCAUCGAUGUAGUUUCAUUCUGGAUGACAUCGAUGUACUUUCAUUCUGGAUGACAUCAUCGAUGUAGUUUCAUUCUGGAUGACAUCAUCGAUGUAGUUCCAUUUUGGAUGACAUCAUCGAUGUACUUUCAUUCUGGAUGACAUCAUCGAUGUAGUUCCAUUCUGGAUGACAUCAUCGAUGUAGUUCCAUUCUGGAUGACAUCAUCGAUGUACUUUCAUUCUGGAUGACAUCAUCGAUGUACUUUCA